GGUGUCGCGGUCGCGAUGGCGGCGCGGCGGGGGGGGGCGCUGCCCGCCUGCUUCGCUUCGCUGGGCGCCGGCAGCCCGCGGCCGCGGCAGAAGCGCGGCGGGAUGUUCUGCAGCGUCGCCGACGCCUUCGACAGCAAAACCCUGGACCUGGCCUCGCUGCGCCGCCGCCCCGACGGCAGCCGCGGCGACCGGGAUCCCAGCCCGGCUCCCGCUCCCGCCCCGGCCCCGGCUCCCAGCGCGGCCCCGGCCCCCGACGCGGCCGCGCCGCCCCCCCGCUCCCCGGGCGCCGCCGCCGGGGACCGGCGCGGGGGCUGCGGGCAGAGUGACCGGCUUCUAAUCAAGGGAGGGAAAAUUGUCAACGACGAUCAGUCAUUUUAUGCAGACAUCUUUGUGGAAGACGGCUUGAUAAAGCAGAUCGGGGAGAAGCUGCUCGUGCCCGGCGGGACGCGGGCCGUGGACGCCCACGGGCUGCUGGUGGUGCCGGGGGGGCUGGACGCCCACACGCGCCUGGGGGCCCCCGCGGCGGGGCCGGCCCCGGCCGACGGCUUCCUGCAGGGCACCGCGGCGGCGCUGGCCGGGGGCACCACCACGAUCAUCGACCACGUGCUGCCGGCGGCGGGGGCCACGCUGCGGGACGCCUUCGAGCGCUGGCGGGAGCUCGCCGACGGACAGGCCUGCUGCGACUACGCGCUGCACCUCGACCUGCCGCGCUGGCACGAGAGCCUCGCCGAGGAGCUGCAGGCCCUCGUCAAGGACAAGGGUGUGAACUCCUUCCUGGUGUUCAUGGCCUACAAGGACAAACUCCAGUGCACCGACGCCCAGAUGUACGAAAUAUUCAGCGUUAUCCGAGACUUAGGAGCCAUCGCCCAAGUGCAUGCUGAGAACGGGGACAUCAUUGACGAGGAGCAGAAGAGGCUGCUGGAGCUGGGGAUUACGGGGCCGGAAGGGCACGUGCUCAGCCGUCCGGAGGAGGUCGAAGCGGAGGCCGUGUACCGGGCCGUCACCAUAGCGAAACAAGCCAAUUGCCCCCUGUAUGUCACGAAAAUAAUGAGCAAAGGUGCCGCGGACGUGUUAGCUCAGGCAAAGAGAAAAGGCGCAGUCGUGUUCGGGGAGCCCAUCACCGCCAGCCUGGGCACCGACGGGUCGCACUACUGGAGCAAGAACUGGGCCAAGGCCGCCGCCUUCGUCACGUCGCCGCCCAUCAGCCCCGACCCCACGACGCCCGACCAUCUCACCUCCCUUUUGGCCUGCGGGGACCUGCAGGUCGCGGGCAGCGCACACUGCGCCUUCACCACCGCGCAGAAGGCGGUGGGCAAAGACAACUUCGCCCUGAUCCCGGAGGGCACGAACGGCGUUGAAGAGCGCAUGGCGAUAAUCUGGGAGAAGUGUGUGGUCUCAGGGAAGAUGGACGAGAACGACUUUGUGGCGGUGACCAGCACGAACGCCGCCAAAAUCUUCAACUGCUACCCCAGGAAGGGGCGGGUUGCCGUCGGCUCCGACGCCGACUUGGUUUUGUGGAACCCCAAGGCGACGAAGAUCAUCUCAGCCAAAACCCACAAUUCGACCGUGGAGUACAACAUAUUCGAAGGCCUCGAAUGCCACGGGGCCCCCAGCGUGGUCAUUAGCCAGGGCAGGGUCGUCCUGGAAGACGGGAGCCUCUUCGUCACCCCGGGCUCCGGCCGCUUCAUUCCUAGGAAGACGUUCCCGGAUUUUGUUUAUAAAAGAAUAAAGGCGAGAAACAGGCUGGCCGAAGUCCACGGCGUGCCCCGAGGCCUCUACGACGGGCCGGUCCACGACGUGGCGGUGGCGGCGAAGGCGGUGGCCCCCGCGCCCGCCGCGAGAGCAGCCCCCGGCGCCGGCAAAGCCCAGGCGCCCGCCGUGCGCAACCUGCACCAGUCGGGCUUCAGCCUCUCCGGCUCGCAGGCGGACGACCACGUGGCCCGGCGCACGGCGCAGAAGAUCAUCGCCCCGCCGGGCGGGCGCUCCAACAUCACCUCCCUGUCGUAGCGGCCCCCGGAGCCGCCCGACCCUCCUCGUUAGCCAAAAUAGCUGAAACUGCCCCAGACGUAGCGCUCCCCGCCGGCACCCGCCCUUUCCCACCCCAGUAGCUGCUGGGACGUCGUCGGUGUCUGCAUGUGACCGCCCAGACGUAGGCGUUGGCGUGGGCUGAGCCCUGCUGCCGCGUAACCCCUACUAUAAACGUCAUUGCAGCCUCUUUUUACGACAGCCCCUUUUUCUUACACCCUCUUUUGUAACGGUUAUUACAACCGGUUUGUUACACUUAAAGCUGUGUACAGCAAAGGCAGACGUAGGUGCCACCACAGACCUGUGCAUGGACCUCUGACCCAGCGACUCCCUCCUGGUCCUUCUCCAUGGCUUUCAAUAAAGUUUGCUGGAAAACGUA